AAUUGGAUAUAUAAUAUUCUUAACUCACCUAUUCACUCCAACCCUCCUCCCUCCUAACCCCAACCCCCUUUCUGUCUUUUACAUUCUUUAAUUUUAUAUGACACAUUAAUAUAUUUUCUCUCUUUGUUCUUUUUAUCUCCAUCUUUCUCCCUUUGCCCCCUGUCACCAUUUCUCCUUUUCGAAGAAGAAGAAAUGGCAGGAUACGAUAGAAAUGAAGAGUUUAUCUCCAAAAAUGGUCAUGAAUAUGAGGGAACGGCAAUUGGACAAAAAUAUGGUGGAUUGGUACCAAAGAAGAAGCCUUUAAUAUCAAAGGACCAUGAGCGUGCUUUCUUUGAUUCAGCAGAUUGGGCCUUAUGCAAGCAAGGUGCAGGAAUUAAUGAAAAUUCGACAAUAGCCAUUGAGACCUUGAGGCCAAAAUUAGAGAGAACCCCUCGUCAAUGCUUACCCCCAAGACGACCCGCUUGUAUAUCAGGAGGAGAUAAUCAUAGUAAGAUCAGCGUACAAAGUGCAUAAAAGGAUGGCUGGAGUUGCUAGCGAAACAAUUGUGACUUUUCUUAUGAUGUUGGACUAGUCAAAUUCAGCUUAGUAUACAAGUACUAAUGCAAUGUUGGUUUUCAUACUAUCAAUGUCAAAAAAAAAAAAAAAGAAAAAAAAAAGUUCUCAUUGUAUAAAGUAGUUUCGUCUGAAUAAUUUUCAUUUUCUGGCACAAACCAUUGCAUGUAUGUUCAUCUUGUCUUUGAGGAAUAGAGAUCAUUUCGUUGGCAAA